GAGGAGGAGAAGAAAGGAAGAUGGCUCCGGCGUGUGGCCGGGCUGCAGGCAUUUCCCGGCAGGGGCGCGGCCGGUUGCAGGGGGGCUCCCGCUGAACCCGGGCCCCGCCGCCCCGGCCCAGGCCCAGCAGGACCGGCCGCCGCCGCCGCAGGACCAGCCGCAGCAGGACCAGCCCAGGGCGGCGGAUGGAGGGGCUCCCGGGGUCCCCGGGGCCGGGGGGCGGCGGCGGGGGGCCGCCCCGCGGGCCCGACAUAGAGAUGGCCCCCCUGGGCCGGACGCCCGGGACCCCCGGGACCCCCGGGACCCCCGCGCCGCCCCCGGCGUCGUGCUGGCGGCAGGCCUGGAGCCGAGACAACCCUGGCUUCGAGCCGGAGGACGGGGACGAGGAGCGGCGCCCACCCCCGGGCCAAGGCGACGACGACGACGACGACGAGGAAAGCGAGGAGGGCGGCAUGGUGGUGGAGAUGGACGUGGAGUGGCGGCCCGGGGGGCUCCGGGCCGCCCCCCACCCCCGCAGG